CCGGUCCCCAAAACCCUUCGACUGGGCGGCGCGAUCAAAUUCUCAUCGAUCCUUUUUGCCCCGUCUCUUUGCGAACCGGCUGUUGCAUCAGAUGUCUUUUGAAAUCAGUAAGGUCUUUCCUCCGUGGUUGCUUUGGCGUGAUUUUCGGAUCGCAAGUUGUAGUCCGUUGUGGUUUUCUCACCAGCCACGGUUUCGACAAAGGACCUGACAAAUACUAAAACUAAGCGUGACUUCUUGAGUCACAAAUUCUGUUCAGUUCUGUAAUUUCCAGCGCUCCGGCAAACUCCAAAAAAAAAAAAGAGAACUAAGAGAGAAAAUAAAGUACUUUGAAAUUUGCGUGUAAGUUUAAGUUCUCCUUGUUGCUUUUGUGCCAACCCAGCUCCAUCUCUCCAUAGCAGAUAAGAACAUUUCACUGAUUCAUUGUGAUGACUAAGACUUCUCUGCCACCGGGUUUCCGGUUUCAUCCUACUGAUGUUGAGCUGGUUUGGUACUACUUGAAGAGGAAGAUUAUGGGAAAGCCUUUUCGUUUCGAGGCUAUUUCAGAGGUCCAGUUGUACAAGUUUGCUCCUUGGGAUCUUCGAGAUAAAUCUUGCUUGUCAAGCAGAGAUCUUGAAUGGUACUUCUUUUGUCCUCGAGAUAAGAAAUACUCUCAGGGUUCUAGAACAAACCGUGCUACUGACACUGGUUUCUGGAAAGCAACUGGGAAAGACAGAACAAUUGUCCACAAUUCUCAGACUGUGGGGAUGAAAAAGACCCUGAUUUUUCAUUUAGGCAAGGCCCCACACGGCUCUAGAACUGAUUGGGUCAUGUAUGAAUUCAGACUCGAGUCACAGGAAUUGCUUAAUGCUGGAUAUGCACAGGAUGCAUAUGUUCUCUGCAAAAUUUUUCAGAAAAGCGGUCCGGGUCCAAAAAAUGGGGAGCAAUAUGGUGCACCAUUUAACGAUGAUGAUUGGGAUGUUAAUAUUGAGCAUCCUGCUUUUUUUCCGAUCUCUCCUGCAGAGAAUGCUCAUUUGUUUCCCCCUGUUCCUCUACAAUCUGUUGCUUCUGUAGCUUGUGGACCAUCCUCUAUGCUAAGUAGUUUUGAAGUUGGAGAACCAUCCUCUAUGCUAAGUAAUUUUGAAGUUGGAGAGCCAUCCUCUAUGGUAAGUAAUUUUGAGGUUGGAGAACCAUCUUACGUGCCAGAGCCUUACAGCGUCGAAGGGUCAUUAUCCAUGCAAUACCUUGCUGAAGUCGGUGAAUCCUCUUUCUUGCCAGAGCCUUCUUAUGAUGAUGGAAUAUUUGUAGAACAAUUGGAAGCAGUCCUAAGCCGGUCUCCAACUCAUUCCGAAAAUGCUUAUAGGGAGCAGAUGUUAGAUUCAGCAUAUCUGCAUGAGUAUGGCAUUCCAGCCUCUGGUUUCGACUUUGAAUAUCUAAAUGGCGACCUUGUCGACUUCUCUGAUCGACCAUUUCCUGAACCAACUUAUGGAAAUCCUCUUGCUGAUGUCAUAAAUUGUGAAUACGAGUUGCAUCCAGCAUUAGCAGAACUUGCUGAUGAACAUUAUAUGGAGCUUAGUGACAUUGGUUUUGCUGGCAACCAAAACCCUGUUGAGUUUGUUGCUCCUGCUGAUUACAAUUGCCCAUUUGCCAACGAUCCCUGUUCUUUUCUUGAUGACACUUAUUUUGACAGUGUAGUGGACACUUACAUGUCAAGUGAGCCACAGAUAAGUGGACUUUCUUUCUCGGAGGACCCAGUUCCAUCUUCUGAGGCUCAACAUCUGCCUAAAGAGGGAAGCUCAUGAAAGCUCAGCUCCUCCUCAUCACGUAUGAAUCUAUCGAUGAAGCUUGUUAGUGAAAGCCUUCUGGUGCGAUUCUUGAUCUGGUGCGAUUCUUGAUGAUUCUGACUGUGGUUCAGUCUCGGGAUCUUUUUCUCUACCUAUUGGUGAUCUCGUGAAAUCGUGGAUGUUGCUUUCGUUUGGACUUUUAUGUCUAUUUAGAUUUUUCUUAAGUUAUUAAUGUGUAACUUAUACCUAUUUCAAAUUGGCUUGAUACUAACGUGGAAUCAGUAUUUCAGUAUAAAACGAGUGUUUGCUCAUUAUUUAUCUUUCUGCA